AUGACGGGCGCCACCACUCUGACAGAGGCUGCCCCACAGUACCCCGCCACGACAGUCCGCCCCACAAUACUCCACCACAAGCCGCUCCACUGUACCCCGCCCACUGUACCCCGCCACAAGCCGCCCCACUGUACCCUGCGGCACGGCAGUCCGCCCCACUGUACCCCGCCACGACAGUCCGCCCCACAAUACACCACAAGCCGUCCCACUGUACCCCGCCACAAGCUGCCCCACUGUACCCCGCCACAAGCCGCCCCACUGUACCCCGCCACGACAGUCCGCCCCACAAUACUCCACCACAAGCCGCCCUACUGUACCCUGCCACAAGCCGCCACACUAGCCACAAGCUGCCCCACUGUACCCCGCCAGCCGCCCCACUGUACCCCGCCACGGCAGUCCGCCCCACUUUACCCGCCACAAGCCGCCCCCUGCCCAGUCCGCCCCAGCCGCCCCACUGUACCCCGCCACGGCAGGCCGCCCCACAAUACCCCGCCACAAGCCGCCCCACUGUACCCCGCCACAAGCCGUCCCACUGUACCCUGCUACGGCAGUCCGCCCCACUGUACCCCCGCCACGACAGUCCGCCCCACAAUACACCACAAGCCGCCCCACUGUACCCCGCCACAAGCUGCUCCACUGUACCCCGCCACAAGCUGCCCCACUGUACCCCGCCACGACAGUCCGCCCCACAAUGCUCCACAACCACAAGCCGCCCCACUGUGCCCCGCCCCACAAGCCGCCCCACUGCCAGUCCGCCCCACUUUACCCCGCCACAAGCCGCCCCACUGUACCCCCACGGCAGUCCGCCCCACUUUAUCCCGCCGCAAGCCGCCCCACUGUACCCGCCACGGCAGACCGCCCCACAAUACCCGCCACAAGCCGCCCCACUGUACCCCGCCACGGCAGUCCGCCCCACUGCCCCGCCACGUACGCCCCACUGUAUCCCGCCACGGCAGUCCGCCCCACAAUACCCCGCCACAAGCCGCCCCACUGUACCCCGCCACAAAAGGCCGCCCCACUGUAUCCCGCCACAAGCCGCCCCACUGUACCCCGCUACAAAAGGCCGGCCUGUAG